AUGGCCGUUUCUUCACACUCGUAUCGGUUUAUGGGUACACGACCCCAACUGGGCACCACAAAGAACAGACACCAACAUUCAAGACUGCUCAGGAUGCAGAGCAGUAAUGCAUCCCAGAGGCUGAGAGUGGCUCUGGAAGGCUGUGGGCAUGGUAAACUCCAUGAUAUCUAUGCCUCAGUAAACAAAGCAGCAAAACUCAAGGGAUGGAAUCGUGUGGAUCUUCUUAUCAUUGGUGGAGACUUUCAGGCGGUCCGCAAUUCAUAUGAUUUAAGCUGCAUGUCUGUCCCUCAGAAGUACAAGAAAAUCGGGGAUUUCCAUGAAUACUACAGUGGUGCCCGUGUCGCGCCAUAUUUGACCAUUUUUGUGGGUGGAAAUCAUGAAGCUAGCAACCACCUGUUCGAGUUGUACUACGGAGGCUGGGUAGCCCCUAAUAUCUAUUAUCUGGGAGCUGCAAAUGUUAUCCGCUGUGGGCCCCUUAGAAUAGCCGGUAUCUCUGGGAUCUGGAAAGGAUAUGAUUAUCGGAAACCCCAUUUCGAAAGACUUCCUUACAAUCGCGGUGACAAACAAAGCAUCUACCAUGUUAGGGAACUGGAUGUUCGCAAGCUUUUGCAAAUUCGAACCCAAAUCGAUCUUGGUCUAAGCCAUGACUGGCCGCAGGGUAUCGAAUGGCACGGCAACUUCAAAAAACUUUUUAAAAAGAAACCCCUAUUUGAAGCGGAUGCUAAAGCAGGAAAAUUGGGCAGUGUUGCCGCGAGAUAUGUUUUGGAUCGCCUGCGACCUCCGCACUGGUUUUCCGCCCACCUCCAUUGCAAAUACACGGCUCGUUUGGUGCAUGGUGAUUAUAAACCCCCCGUGUUGAGUGAUAGUCUUGGCCCAAAUCGUGAAUCUCAAAUGACGCCAUUGGGAGAUGAUGUCGUCGUUUCGCCGUCUACAACCAAAGAACCCCCUACCCCGUUUGGUUCAUUUAGUAGACCUCAAGUAUCUGUUCCCAACACUGACAGUGUACCUGUUGUACCACCAAACACAUCCAACGAUGUACUCGCUACAGCCAUGAAUACAGAGAUGGGCGACACAACAUUCUCUGACCCCAGAACCGAAGUCGUGCCGCAAGUAGCUGUGGGCAGUGGAACUGUUGCACAACAUCCCGCUCAAUCAGGAGAUCGUGACAGCGCGCAAUUAUCGGCCUGGCAAAACUUUCACACAGAUGCGGAAGAUGAGGUUCGCCUGAUGCAAGAGGAAGCAGAACAUGAGAGACAGAUCGAAGCUAGUCUGAUAAGUAGACCAGAGGACAUUACCAAAGUGGGCUUCGAUAAGGAGCAACCAUCAAUUCGUGACGAAGCUGCGCAGCAAAAGGGAGCUGUGGAAAAGCCUGGAGUGAAAAAUACCGAUGAAAUUGAUAUUGAUCUUGACACCUCAUCGGAAACUUCAGAAAAGUCCGGAACUAUGGACUCUAAGAAGUCUAUGCCCAAUAUUACCGAUGGAAUGGAAACUAACCGUGAUAGCUCACCACAGAGGAUGGAAGCAGAAAACAUACCUUCCACUUCGGCGCCUGAGAAUGUAGGCGAGAUGGCACAAUCAGACGAGGUGCCUUCCGAUGUUCGCGAUCAGCUACCGCCAAGUUUUCGGAAGCCAAACCAGAUAUCAUCUCUUACACCAGAACAGUUGCCAAUUUUCGACCCUAAGCUGCCAGAGACCAUCAAAAACACAGAAACCAACUUCAUUGCCCUGGAUAAAUGCGAGGGAAAAAGGAAAUUUAUACAGCUCAUUGAGUACCCUGCGAUAUCACUACCGGAUGGAGGUGCUGGAGGAAAAGAGAGCCGCCCGUACCAGUUGAAAUAUGACAAAGAGUGGCUCGCCAUCACUCGAGCCUUUGCUGACGAUCUUACACUUGGCGACCCCAGCGUGCCAAUCCCACCAAAUAAAGGCGAUGCCCGCUACAAGCCAGAAAUCCUCUCUGCUGAAGAAUGGGUUGAAGAGAACAUCGUGAAACAGGGAAAAAUGUUCGUUCCGCAUAACUUCUCCAUCACGGCGCCCGUCUAUGACCCUGCUGUACCGAUCACGACGAACGAGAUGCCACCAGAAUACACAAACCCGCAAACAGCAGAGUUCUGCAAACUCCUCGGGAUUGAAAAUAAGUUCUAUAUCAGUGAAAAGGAACGUCGUGCUCGUAAUGAUGCUGGUCCACGCCCGGAAGAGGGGAGACAGUUCCAGCCACAAUAUGGACGUUUUGGGAAAGGGAAGGGGAGAGGAGGGUGGCGGGGCUCUCGGAAUGAGGGUGGCUGCAGGCAAGGCAAUGGAGGACGCGGGAAAAGAGGGAGAGAAGGACGUAGUUGA